CGCCCAGUCUGUCACCGUCACAAGUGUUACAUUACCGUAAGUGCCUUUACUGCAGUAUAUCUCUCUGCAGUCACAUCUGUGCAAAGCCGCAGCUGUGUCCCCUUGCACGCCUGACCAUAUCCCACGUGUGGUGUAAGAGCCUCAUUUGCACGUCAGGCGCAUGCGAAUUGCAUCGGCUUUUGCCGGAGUGGAGUGGGAUCUGUGUCUGUCACAAGGUUGGCAGUCAACCUUAUUCCAACCUUGUUCCAUCCCUCUGCCCCCCGGCCCUUAACAAAUAUUGGCUGCACCACAAACCGAUACAGUCAACUCAAGCUGACUCAGUCCCUCAGGCACUCAAUGCACCUUUAGCACUUGCAGAAGUACUUGAAUAGCGGUUCUCGACUGCAGCUCGCAUCACCCACUACCACACACCCACAUCCACAUCCGCACAUCUACAAUGGAGACAUAUCACGGUCACGUUCGCACACCCAACGAUGCGAUCAUCCUGUUCGAAGCCUGCCGCAUCGGCAUAUUACCACGCGUUCAGCGCCGUCUGUCAGAGAAAGAGCGCCAGCAGAUCAAGUCAGGCUCAGUGUUUGUAUGGGAUGAGCGCGAGGCUGGCAUGAAGAGGUGGACAGAUGGCAAGUCAUGGAGCGCAAGCCGAGUGUCUGGCAGCUUCUUGACAUAUCGUGAGAUGGAGGGCAAGCGAGGAGGUGCCGCACCAACACCACCGCUUGUCAAGAGGGCGAGCGGCAAGUCUCCCGACGGUUCCGCGACAGGCGACUCGGAUGGUGAGGGCCCAGAUGGGUACCGGUACAAGCCAGACGGUCUUAUGAAGCAAUCUUUCAGUAUCACAACCUCCAGUGGCCAGCAUCUCCACCUCAUCAGCUACUACUCUCGCUCAAACUCCAACAACCUUCCACAACCGACCAACGACGCGCAACUGCGACACAUCAGGCCUCCUAAGAACAUGUACCCUGAGUCCGCACUCGCCGAGACUCAAGCCGCGCCCGCCGUCACCCGUGGGCCAAUGCCUGGCUCGCCUCACGCUGCCGCCGCAUACACCAUGGGCCCAGCCUCGCCGUACGCACAUCCCGGUCCUGUGGCUCCAAUGUACGCUAUUCCAAUGUACCCGCCUACACCACAAACUGGUCACCCAGGUCACCCGGGUCACCCAGGUCACCCAGGUCACCCAGGUCACCCAUACCGCGCUGGUCAUCCAGGCUUCUUCUACCAGCCUGUCUACGCACCACCCGGCUACUACAUGCCUCCACAUCCACAGGGCCAUACUCUUGACCGUCCUCCACAGCCUGUCGGCCACCAUCAUGCAUCGCCAGGCUACCCCAUCUACGCUCAACAUUCCUUGUAUGCCGCGCACGCUGCCCAGGCAGGCUAUCACAUGGUCAGCCCGCCUCCAGCGCGCGCACCAUCUUCUGCUGAGCUGGCUCAACGCCAACCACCGCCUCCUCCUGCUCCCGCUGCGUCGGGGCCCGAGCCUGGACCACAGCUGCCCGCUAUCAACGGUGCUGCAGCUUCUGUGGGCAUUACCAAGCCAUCAGCACCUGACGCUGACAAGACGCCCGCUCAGAAUGGUGCUGAGGCCGCUAAUGCAGCAGCAUCUCGUCCUCUGCCAACACUAACCUCCCUUCUCAACACCAAUGGCGCCGACCAGGACAACCAAGCCUCGUCGCGCUCUGGCAGCCGCAGUCCAAACACUGUAUCGAGAUUUCCUCGUGAUCUUGCACCGGAGCGUCUGGCUACAAACAGCACUGCGGCGGAUAGCAAUGCGCUGAAUAAGCUCAACAGCGUCUUCGUUAGGUCAUAGGAUUUCUUUCUCUGCACAUUCGUUUUCUUUCAAGUCGGCUGUACUCUGUUUGUACUCUGUGGGUGUUUUAGCAUUUACGAACUGCAUAUGGGCGGCGUUUGGAGUCAUGGCCGUGAAAAUACGGUCACUGCAAGAGCCGAAAGCGCCUGGAGUUUUGUGGUUGACCUUACAGCCCAUCAUAUGUGGAAGCAUCACAUAGAUGCGGAUUUGCAUUAGCGUAGUAGCUGCAAGAAGAUUUUCAAUCCAUCUUUCCGUUGCAUUAUCA